CCUAGUUUGACGUUAGCUUGCGCUUCGCCUCCUCUGCUACAGAUAUGGUAUUUUAUUGUAGACAUCCUUUUUCACUUAAACUCUGUUCAUUUCUCUUUUUUUGCUACACAACUUGUCUGCCACUUGGCUGAGAGGAAAUGCCAAAUAAGAGCUCCGACACUGAAGUGCUCGAUAGCUAAUGGCGAGCUAACGGCUAACUAAUGUCGCUGCCCCACCGAGCGAAAAACGGUUCAACGCCACAAAAUGAACAAAACUGAGUGUAAGUGAUUCUCCAUCAGCUAAAUACUCAUACCGGCUGUCUGUAACGACGACAAGGUACUCUACGGUUGAAUAUUUACACUGUAUGAGGCACAAAGUGUGUGUGUUACCGCAGAGCUCGGCUUAAAUGUCACCUGACACAAGUCAACAAACCCACCAUGUCACCGGAGAGCCUGUACUUUAUUCUUAUACUUUAUUAUACCAAAGCGCACGAAAUACUUGAUAAUAACAAUAAUAAUUCAGUGGACACAAACGGAGUCCGCGCAGAAAGCACCGCAGAGACUGAUAUUUCCAGAGAUAACAGAUGCACCGUGGCCCCAGAGAGCCGCUUUGACUGUGCCAGGGACAGGACAGCCGGUCAGGCAGAGUGUGAGGAGAGGGGGUGCUGCUACGCCCCUCUGACCAACUUAACAGGACCACCUUGGUGCUUCUACCCCACUUUGUACCCUGGCUACGAAAUGGGUCCGCUCACUCCCACCAGGCGAGGCCAGGGGGCCACCCUGACUCGUGCCACCCCCUCAUAUCUCCCCAGAGAUAUCUCCACUCUGCACCUGGAAGUCCUGGAAGAGCCUGCAGGCUGCUUACACCUCACUUUAAAGGACCCGUCGUCUCAGCGAUAUGAAGUGAAACUCCCUGGUGGAGUUCCUCAUAGCAAAGCUGACACCCAAGAUGCCCUCUUUACCACUGAAUACCAGUCUGACCCGUUUGGCUUCAUCGUGCGGCGAAAAUCUAAUGAAAGGGUGCUUAUGAAUACCACGGUCGCUCCGCUCCUGUUUGCCGAUCAGUACCUGCAGCUGUCCACUGCACUGGCCUCCUCCUUUGUGUCUGGCCUCGGGGAGCAUUACACCCCCCUCCUCCUGAAUCUGAACUGGACUUCUCUGACUCUCUGGAAUAAAGACAUGGCGCCUCAUGCCGAUGCUAACCUCUAUGGCUCCCAUCCGUUCUACAUCGUGCAGGAGGAGGACGGCUUGGCACAUGGAGUUUUCCUUCUCAACAGCAAUGCAGUCGAGGUGAUACUGCAGCCGACCCCCGCUCUCACCUGGGUGGCUAUCGGUGGAGUCCUGGACCUGUAUGUUUUCUUGGGUCCUGACCCUCAAAGCGUUAUACGACAGUACCUCCAGGUCAUUGGGUAUCCUAUGAUGCCUCCCUACUGGUCGCUGGGCUUUCAUCUGUGUCGCUGGGGUUACACAACAUCUAAUACAACCCGGCGUGUGGCACAACGCAUGCACAAUGCAAAAUUCCCCAUGGAUGUGCAGUGGAAUGAUCUGGACUACGCACAUAAGCGCAGGGUGUUCACCUUUGACCCCUGGCGAUUUGGGGACCUCCCGGAGAUGGUGGAGGAGUUCCAUAAGGGAGGCAUGAAGUACAUCCUUAUCCUGGACCCGGGGAUCAGCAGCACCAGCCCUCCUGGAACAUACCUGCCCUUCGAUGACGGCCUGAAACGAGACGUCUUCAUUAAAAAUGCUACAGGACACAUACUGAUCGGGAAGGUUUGGCCGGGCCCAACAGCCUUCCCUGACUUCACCAACCCAGAGACCAGACGCUGGUGGGAGGACUGCAUCAGAGAUUUUCAUUCUAAAGUUCCUGUGGACGGUCUAUGGAUUGAUAUGAAUGAACCAGCCAGUUUCGUGCAGGGUUCAGUGGAGGGCUGUCCUGACACUGAUCUUGAGAAUCCGCCCCACACACCCAGGGUGGUUGGAGGCCAGUUGAACUCGGGAACUCUUUGUAUGUCGGCUCAGCAGAAGCUUUCCACUCACUACAACCUGCACAAUAUGUACGGACUGACAGAAGCCUUUGCCACGCACAGCGCUCUUAUGAAGGUACGAGGGAAGAGACCCUUUGUCCUGUCUCGCUCUUCCUUCCCUGGCAUCGGACGCUUCUCUGGAGUGUGGACAGGAGACGUUCGGAGUGACUGGGAGCAGCUUCGAUACUCCAUCCCAGCGGUGCUGCAGUUCAGCCUUUUCGGCGUGCCCCUUGUGGGGGCGGACAUCUGUGGCUUUGGAGGAAACACCACUGAGGAGCUGUGUGUGCGAUGGAUGCAGCUCGGGGCCUUCUACCCAUUUAUGAGAAACCACAAUGACAACCUGAACGCUCCUCAGGAGCCUUAUGUAUUUGGACAGAAGGCCCAGGCAGCCAUGCGGAGUGCAUUGAACCUUCGCUACUCCCUUCUCCCGUUCCUCUACACGCUCUUCCAUCAUGCACACACUUCUGCUGAAACUGUGGCCAGGCCUCUCUUCAUGGAGUUUCCCUCUGACCCUAACUGUCAGACCAUAGACCGGCAGUUCCUGUGGGGGAGUUCACUUCUCAUUAGCCCAGUGUUAGAGCAAGGGGCAUCAGAGCUGGCUGCUUACCUGCCCCCUGGCACUUGGUACAGCCUGCACAAUGGUCAGCCUUUCUACAGUAAGGGUCAGUACCUGCUCCUUCCAGCUCCUCUGGACACCAUAAAUGUCCACGUGAGGGAAGGACACAUUAUCCCCCAGCAGGAGCCUGCUUUGACAACCACAGCCUCUCGAAGGAACCCUUUCUUCCUGACGGUGGCUCUGUCAGCGGGCGGCUGGGCCUGGGGGGACUUGUUCUGGGAUGACGGGGACAGUCUUGACACCUUCGAAAUGGGAAAUUAUUGUUACAUUAUCUUCAUGGCUGGGCAGUCUCAGGUGGUGAGUGAUCCCCUCAGGCUGGAUGGGGCCCUUGAUGGUCUGGUGCUGGGAGGGCUGCAGGUCUUCGGGGUUCCCUCACCACCCCUGUAUGUAUUAGCCAAUGGGGACAAAGUCAGGAACUUCACAUACCGCAGUGACACAAAGGUUUUGACAGUGACCGGCCUGGCCUUGCCCAUGUCAAAGGUGUUUACAGUCCAGUGGGCGCUCUGAUGCACUGAACUUCAUUACCCAAGAACCACAGGAAGCCUUUGCAUUUUUCUCUCCUGCUGAAAAGAUGUGCUACAUUUUUCUGCAAAGACACCAGACGAUUUCCUUCAGCUGUCCGACCCACCCAAAGCAACGCUGCUUCUACUUGCUCUGGCCCUUCGUCCAAAAUUAAAAGUAGUACUUUCUAAGCAGCAGGUUUUUAAAAAUGUGGAUCAGAGAGAGCCAUCAUCUUUGCCUUUUUCUUGCAGGGUAACUUUUGCCAGACUUAAGUAAGACAAUAUAAUGUCUUUGUGUUUUUUUAUUAUGUUUUUAAUAUUUUUGUGACUGAAGUGCAUUAGGAAUGAGGGAAUAAACAAAUACAUUUGUCUGCAACACUGCA